GCGGAACAACAGACCCAACACCAGCAGUCUCAUCAUCGCAACAUUCACAGCAACAUAAGAAGAUCAUCAGCAUAACAGCUGAAAACCGAGCAAUCAUGAAAGUCGUGAUUAUAUUAGCGUGCUGGACAGCGCUGGCCGCCGCCCAAAUCUUAAGGCCAAUUGUCGCCGAUUUAGAUGCGGCCGCAGAUCAUCAUGAGAGCCACGGCGGAGGCCAUGGAGGUCACCAUGGCGGAAGCAGUCACCACGGCGGAGGCGGUCACCACGGCGGAGGCGGAGGCGGUCACCACGGCGGAGGCAGCAGUCACCACGGCGGAGGUAGUAACCACGGCGGAGGCGGACAUUACGGAGGCGGGGAAUAUGGACGCAAACGCCGCUCUAUUGAAGAAAUCCAAGCAGCAAUCGCCGUUGCGGAAUCCGUCGUCGAUGCCUCUGCAGAUUUAGACGUGGCCGCAGAUCAUCAUGGGACAAACGGCGGAGGCCAUGGAGGUCAUCAUGGCGGAAGCAGUCACCACAGCGGAGGUGGUCACUACGGCGGAAGCAGUCACUACGGCGGAGGCGGUCACCACGGCGGAGGUGGUCAUAACGGUGGCGGACAUUACGGUGGCGGUGAUUGGGGACGCAAGCGCCGCUCUAUUGAAGAAAUCCAAGCAGCAGCAAUCGCCGUUCCGGAAUCCGUCGUCGAUGACUCUGCCGAUUUAGAUGUGGCCGCACAACAUGACGAGGGCUACGGUUUUUCGGGCUUCAGAACGUUAUGGUGAUCCAAGUUCCAAUAAGGCGGAGGAGGUGUUCAGCAGGGAACGGUUGCCAGCCAGUUAUCCGGAAAUCCUAACGUAUACGGUCCUAAUUUUGGGGGAUUUUUGCCUUGAUCAUUUUUAGAUUCUUAAUGUUCGAUGACGUUUGUUGUUCAUCUCAAAACCCAUAACAUCUACCCAAAUUCUGUUGUUGGUAUACAGGGAUAUACCUAUACCUAUAAGACCUUUAUGAUCGGUUUAUGACGUGUUGCAUUCCUACGAUAUGCGCUUCUUAUUGACUCAAUACAAUUUGACGAAACUCUCAAAAA